AUGCAAGAACAAAUUGCGCAAUUAGUUAAUGCUCGGCUGGAGCACAACAAUGAUCAUCAUAACCGAGAGGAAAAUCAUGAACGUCGAUCAAUGCCAACCCAUGUUUCUGAAACACCCCAACGGGAAGAAGAGGAGGCCCACCAAACAGAAGAGGCCCAACCAGAGGCUGAGGAAGAAGAGCACGACAAUUCUGCCGGCCCGUUUACGGCCGACAUCAUGAAUUUCCAACUUCCCAGACAGUUCACCCUGCCAACAACUCUGACCCCAUACGAUGGAUUAGGAGAUCCAAAGCAGCAUAUUAAAAAAUUCCGAUCUAUUAUGAUUGUUAACGGUGCAUCUGACCCUAUUUUGUGCCGUUAUUUUCCAUCCUUUUUAGAUGGUCCUGCACUUGACUGGUUUUGCUCUUUGCCUGCAGAUUCAAUAUCGCGUUUUCAGGAAUUGGCAAAGCAGUUCGAAGAUCACUUUGCAGCAUCUGCAAUAUACCUGCACGAUUCUGACUACCUGACGACCAUCAAACAGGGCCCACAAGAGAGCCUGAAGGACUAUAUUACUCGAGACAAUAGCUGUGAGCAAGCCGAAAACUUUGCAGAACUCCGUGAAAAGGCCAAGGGACAGAUAGAUGUUGAAGAGCUUCGGCAAGCCCGUAAAACAGAAAAGUCAGCCGCUGUCAAGGAUGAUGAUAAACCUCGGGAUAAUAAGAAAACCUUCAAGCCCGUCCUCCGGUAUGAGUCAUACACAGUCUUCAACGCAAAGAGGGAUGACAUUAUCAAAGAAAUACUUAACUCCAAAUUAAUCAAACCCCCUCGUAAAGCCGGAGCCUACCCAGAGUCCAAAACUGUUGAUAAAUCCAAAUUCUGUACUUUUCAUCAAAAGCACGGUCACACAACUGAUGAAUGUGUGAUCGCCAAAGACCUCCUGGAACGCCUCGCAAGACAAGGUCACCUCGAUAAGUUUAUCGCAGGACGCAUGCAGAAGACUGUAACCUUGGCCUCCGACCCCUCAACAGCAAGCCCCUCAUCAAAAGAAAAGGACAAGGCACCCACCCAACCAAGAGGAAUCAUCAAUUGUAUAUCAGGAGGAUAUGCAGGAGGCGGACAUACAAGCUCGGCUCGAAAAAGAACCUAUAGAGCCAUGUUGGCAGUUACAGAUGCCCCUAAAAUUCCCCAGCCGACUCACGAUUUCCUAGAAAUGACUUUUCGUUCAACCGACUUUAAUCAUACAGAUGUGAAUUAUGACGAUCUAGUGGUAAUUUCUGUUCAGUUAGGAGACCUAAUAGUCCGCAAAGUACUCCUCGACCCCGGAAGUAGCGCAGACGUGUUAUUCUUUACCACAUUUGAGAAAAUGAAGCUGAGUAACAAUAUUUUGCAACCAUACCAUGGAGAUUUGGUCGGAUUUUCCGGCGAACGCGUCCCCGUUCUCGGUUCUGUGUGGUUACAAACCACACUCGGUGAGCAACCAUUAUUUAAGACACAAGACAUUCAAUAUCUUGUUGUCGACUGUUUUAGUCCUUAUAAUCUUAUACUAGGUAGACCAUUUUUAAAUCGAUUUGCGGCAAUUGUAUCUAUAGUUCAUCUUUGCGUGAAGUUUUCUGUGCAGGAUAAUUUAGUAGCAACCAUCCACGGAGACCUCCAUGAAGCUCGGGAAUGCUACAACACAAGUUUGAAACCUAUCAAAAGGAGCAAUAUAGCACAGGUCAACUCCAUACAGCCCGACCAGCCGAGGUUGGCAGAAAUAGAUCCAAGAGCCGAUUUUGAAGAUCGACCUAUGCCAAACGAGGACUUAACAACGGUUCUCCUAACGGAUGAUCCCAUGAAAUUCACCUUUGUUGGAACGUCAACAGAUACCGAGGAAAGAGAAGCACUCGUAACAUUUCUGCGUGAAAACGCCGAUUUAUUUGCUUGGACCCCUGCAGAUAUGCCCGGAAUACAUCCCUCCGUUAUCACACAUAAGUUAGCAAUCAAUUCAGGGGCUCGCCCAAUCUCACAAAGGAAAAGAAACCUCGGGACAGAGAAGCGCCUUGCAUGCCUUGCCGAGGUUAAAAAGCUCAUUGCCGCCAAUUUCAUCCGUGAAAUCAGGUUCACAACAUGGCUCGCUAAUGUUGUCAUGGUAAAAAAGAGUAACGGUAAGUGGCGCAUGUGCGUCGAUUUCACUGAUUUAAACAAAGCAUGCCCUAAAGAUGCUUAUCCUUUACCUUGCAUUGACAAUUUGGUAGACAACUCCUGUGGUUUUGGUUCCUUAAGUUUUAUGGACGUAUAUUCUGGUUAUAACCAAAUUCUUAUGCACCCAUCCGAUCAAGAGAAAACCGCUUUUAUAAUUGAAUAUGGAAAUCAUUGCUAUAAUGUUAUGCCUUUUGGUUUAAAGAAUGCAGGAGCGACGUAUCAGCGUUUAAUGAAUAAGGUCUUCCAGAACCAAAUUGGUCGGAACAUAGAAGUGUACGUCGACGAUAUGGUCGCCAAGACAAUGGUCGGAAAGUCUCACAUCAACGACCUAAUGGAGAUCUUCGCGCAAAUCCGACGAUAUAAUAUGAGACUAAACCCUGAAAAAUGUGCUUUCGGUGUUCGCGGAGGCAAAUUCCUCGGAUUCAUACUUACCAGCCGAGGAAUAGAAGCAAACCCCGAUAAAUGUCGGGCGAUAAUUGAUAUGAAAAGUCCAACAACACUGAAGGAGGUCCAACGGCUAACAGGCCGGCUCGCAGCUUUAUCAAGAUUCCUACCCUGUUUGGCAUCAAAAUCUUAUCAUUUUUUCCAAUGCUUAAAGAGGAACACAAAACAUUUUAAAUGGACUGAAAGCUGUGAAGCUGCAUUCCAAAAUUUAAAACAAUUUCUUUCCAAACCACCUGUUUUACAAAAACCAAAACCCAAUGAGCCAUUAUCUAUAUACUUGUCUAUUACUGAUGUGGCAAUUAGUUCUGUCCUUUUAAAAGAUACAGAGAAAGGUCACCAGCCGAUUUAUUUUGUAAGUAAGUCCCUACAAGGUGCCGAGCUUCGUUACCCAAGGUUGGAAAAACUUGCAUUGGCCUUAGUCUUCUCCUCAAGACGACUCCGACCAUACUUUCAGGGGCACACCAUCUUCGUCAGAACUGAACAACCUCUUCGGCAGAUUCUUUCAAAACCAGAAUUAGCAGGCCGACUUAUCAAAUGGGCCAUUGAGCUUUCAGAAUUUGAUAUUCAAUACCAACAGAGAGGAUCCGUCAGAUCUCAAUACUUAGCUGAUUUUGUAGCCGAACUUACCCAACCAUUCCAGGAAGAAGAAAACUCGGACUGGAACUUGUUUGUUGAUGGAGCUUCAAACCCCCAAGGGUCAGGAGCAGGAAUAUUGUUAGAAAGUCCUGAAGGUAUAAUCCUCGAACAUUCUCUCCGGUUCUCCUUCAAAGCAAGCAAUAACCAGGCCGAGUACGAGGCCCUCAUCGCAGGGCUCAAGUUAGCAAUUGAUUUACAAAUCGCCAGCUUAAAAGUUUAUUGUGAUUCCCUAUUAGUGGUUCAACAAGUGAAUCAGGUUUUUCAGACUAAAGAUCAAAUUUUAUCAAAAUACUUGGACAUUAUUCAAAACUUGAAGAACAGUUUCUCAAAGAUAGAAAUUCACCACAUUCCUAGGGAACAAAACAAUAGGGCUGACAUCCUAUCAAAGUUAGCUACUACACAAGCACACACAGCGACACUACUCCAAUCAACUUUAGAUAAGUCGAGCAUACACGCUCUGAGCAUUUUAAACACUUUAUGUAAAGACAAUUGGCAGCUACCUUAUAUGCAGUACUUAAAAUACGGUUCUGUCCCGGAUGAAGUUUCAGAUAAGAAAGGAUUCCGACGACAAGCCUCUUUUUUCACAUUAAUCAAUAACGUUUUAUAUAGGCGGGAAUUUUCCCGACCACUUCUGAAAUGCUUAGACAGGAAAGAAGCCGAUAUUGUGUUGGCCGAGGCUCAUGAAGGAAUAUGUGGCAUACACUCGGGAGCAAGAAGCCUGGCACAGAAAAUACUCCGAGCUGGUUUUUACUGGCCGACCAUAUGGGAGGAUAGCAGGAAGAAAGUCAAAACUUGUGACAAAUGUCAAAAGCACGCACCGUCCAUCAACAUUCCGGCCGAACAACUUCAUCAGUCAGUAAUAAGUUGGCCAUUCAAUCAAUGGGGGAUUGACAUCCUCGGCCCCUUUCCCACUGCACCCAGGCAAAUGAAGUAUUUGGUGGUAGCUAUUGAUUAUUUCAGCAAAUGGAUCGAAGCACAACCCUUAGCAAGAAUAACAUCCUCCCAGAUGAUAUCUUUUGUGUGGAAAUAUAUCAUAUGCCGAUAUGGAAUUCUGAGACAUAUUAUCACUGACAAUGGUCGGCAGUUUACCAACCAUAACUUUAAACUCUUCUUGCAGAACCUAAAGAUAAACCAACACUUCUCAUCAGUGGAACACCCACAAUCUAAUGGCUUGGCUGAGGCCGCCAACAAAGUUCUCUUACACGCCUUGAGAAAAAAGCUCGACGAAGCUAAGGGACUCUGGGCCGAGCUGGUUCCAGAAAUAUUAUGGUCAUACAACACUACGGUACAAACGUCGACUAAAGAAACACCAUUCCGUUUGGUAUAUGGGUCUGAAGCAAUGAUCCCUUUGGAAAUUUCACAACAAUCCUUGAGGACACAGGUAGAGAAUCAUGAUCAAGCUCGACAAGCCGAGUUAGAUUUAGUAGAAGAAGUUCGAAGUACAGCAGCUCUCCGACACCGAGCUUUACAGCAACAACUUGGCCGGCGAUAUGCAAAAAAGGUGCUACCAAGAUCCUUCGACAUUGGCGAUCUGGUGUUAAGAAAAACUGAAGAUGCUCGCCAACCAUCUGCCCAUGGGAAGUUUGCCGCGACAUGGGACGGCCCUUAUCGCAUACUAGAAAUCCUCGGAAGAGGAGCUUACAGGCUAGAGCAACUGGACGGCACUAAGAUCCCAAAUACAUGGAAUGUCAGUUCUUUAAAGCAAUACUUCAGUUAA